GUGUGUGUGUGUGUGUUGUUGGAACAGGCAGAUCCAGACACUGGCAGGAUGCAGCUGGACCUGCUGUGGAUCACUGCUGCUCUUCUGGCCUCUGGACCAGUUCUAACACUAUGUGCACCACUGUACUUGUUCUCAGCUCCUCAGGUGAUGAGGGUGGGCACACAGGAGAAGGUGUUGGUGGAGGUUCAGGACUACACAGGCUCAGAUUCUUUAAACGCAGAAAUCAGAGUGAUGAACUUUCCCCUUAAAGACAGAGAACUCACCAGUGCAUCCGUGCAGCUGGAGCAUGGCAACGGUUACCAAGCCCUCGUGAAUAUAACGAUUCCCUUUCGUGAAGAUGUCUUCGACCCGGACACAGAGGAAUAUGUUUUUCUCAAAGCAUCGAUUGGUGGACACAACAUGGAAAAGAGGGUGAUGGUCUCUUUCCAGGCGGGCUAUUUAUUCAUACAGACAGACAAGACAAUAUACACACCUGAAAGCACUGUGAGAUACAGAGUGUUUCCCAUGAGUCUGGACGGGAAGCAAAUAACAAGCCCUGCUAUUGUGGAGAUCAUGACUCCAGAAGGAAUCGUCAUUCAGAGUGUUCAGUACUCUCUGCUCCGUACCCUGAAAUCAGAGUAUAAACUGGGCAACCCGACCAGCCCUGGAAUCUGGAAAAUAGUGGCGAGUUUUAAGGAGAGCCGUUACCAGAAUUUCACAGCAGAGUUUGAGGUCAAAGAGUACGUUCUACCCAGUUUUGAAAUAAAGCUGGAACCUGAGGAUCCUGAUAAAACCUUCUUCCAUGUAAAUGAUGAGUCUUUCACUGUUAACAUUAAGGCCAGGUAUUUAUUCGGUCAGGAUGUCGUAGGCACUGCUUUCGUAGUGUUCGGUGUUUUAAUCGACAAUAAAAAGACGAGCCUGCGGAGUUCCCUCAGCAGAGUUUCUAUACAAAAUGGGGAAGGCCAGGCAGUGCUCACCAAACAACACAUUACCAAUACCUUCCCCAAUAUCGACGAACUCGUGGGUAAAGCGCUGUACGUAACGGUCAGUGUGCUCACUGACACCGGAAGUGAAAUGGUGGAGGCGGAGAGAAGGGGGAUUUAUAUAGUGAAAUCACCAUAUACCAUUCACUUUACAAAAACACCCAAAUACUUUAAACCGGGAAUGCCCUUUGAUUUCAUGGUUUAUGUAACAAACCCUGAUGGUACGCCGGCGGGGAAGCUGGAUGUAAUGGCGAUUUCAGGAGAUGAAAAAGUGUGCUCCAAAACUGAUGAAAACGGUCUCGUCAAGCUGACCAUCAACACCAAGAAAGCCUCUUCCAGUCUGGAUAUCACUGUGCGUUCGGUUACAAAAAUACUGUCGGAAAUACCGUCGGAAAACAGGAUGACAGCACAGGCGUACCAGGGGAAAGCUGGCUCUCAGAACUACCUGCACAUCAACAUACCUGGAGGACUUUUAAAAGUCGGGGAUUCGUCUACAUUCAAUCUUAAUGUUGGGACCAGUCCAGGUGCAGGAAAACAAGACUUUAGUGUUCUGAUUCUCAGUAAGGGGCGGAUCAUAAAGGCGCUGAAAUACGUGAAGAGUGAUCACUCAGUGUUGGCCGUUCAGAUCAGCAUCACUAAGGAGAUGCUGCCCUCGUUCCGGGUGGUGGCGUAUUAUCACGUGGGAAGUGCAGAGGUGGUGGCGGACUCGGUCUGGGUGGAUGUGAAGGACACGUGUAUGGGGACGCUGGAAGUGAGUGUAGAGAAUGCAGCCUUCAUGCCCACUCAGUCGUUUACUCUGAAGAUCACCGGUGAUCCCGGGGCGAAGGUCGGGCUGGUGGCCGUGGAUAAGGGGGUCUACGUCCUCAACAACAAGAACCGACUCAACCAGAAGAAGAUCUGGGACAUCGUGGAGAAGAAUGAUAUAGCCUGCACUGCAGGAAGUGGUAAAGACAGUAUGGGGGUUUUCUACGAUGCAGGACUGACGUUUCACUCGGACACAGCAGGAGGCACCGCUGAAAGAACAGGUUACUCCUGCCCCACUGCAUCAAAAAGAAAACGACGAGAGAUCACCAAAGCACAGCUCAGAGAAACCUUGGUGGGUCAGUACAGCGAGGGCGUGAGGCAGUGCUGUCUGGACGGGUUGGUGGAGAAUCGGUUGGGCUACACCUGCGAGCGCAGAGCCGAGUACGUGGAAGACGGUAAAGAAUGCCGCGACGCUUUUCUCGAAUGCUGCAAAAAACUCGCCCAGACCAGAAAGGAGCUGGUUCAGGAGGAGCUCAUACUCGCCAGAAAUGAAAUCGAGGAUGAGGAUGAUGAUUACGACGAAGAUGAAAUCACGUCACGCUCAGUCUUCCCCGAGAGCUGGAUAUGGGACGACAAGGAGCUGAAGCCCUGUGGAGGUAAACCGAAAUGCGACAUGACCAUAAGACAGAUAUUACCAGAUUCCAUCACUACCUGGGUGAUCACUGCAAUCAGCCAGUCUCUCGAUAACGGUGUUUGUGUGGCGGAGCCUCUUGAGCUGAAAGUUUCCAAGCCUUUCUUUAUUGACCUGAAGCUGCCGUACUCUACGGUCGUCCAAGAGCAAAUAGAAAUCAAGGCCAUUAUUCACAACCUGAACGAAUCGCCAAUCGAGAAGGUUCUGGUGGAGCUGAAGGACACGCCGGCGGUCUGCAGUAUGGCCAGCUUUAAGAAGAGGUAUCGGACCAUCGUCGACGUCGGCGGAAAAUCAUCCAGAGCCGUUCCUUUCGUAAUCCUCCCGCUGGCUGCAGGAGAGCACAGCAUCGAGGUGUUGGCCAGGUCUCCGAACAUGGGGGCGACGGAUGGAGUGAUAAAGAAGCUGAAAGUAGUGAGCCAGGGUGUUCUGACCUCCACUGGUGAGAUCACUCUUCUUCUGGAGCCGAAGGGUAGAACACAGAGAAAAGAAAUUAAGCGGCCCACCCUGACGAAUCAAAUGCCGAACACGGAUGCCUUCACUUAUAUAGCAGUACGAGGCAGGCCAUUGACUCAGCUGGUGAAGGUGGCCGUCAGUGGGGCGGGUUUAGACCAGCUGAUUCAAAUGCCCAGUGGAUGUGGAGAACAGAACCUGAUGGCCAUGGUUCUUCCUCUGAUCGCAGCGGAUUAUCUGGACAAAACCAACCGAUGGGAGGAUGUGGGAGUGGAGAAACGCAUUACCGCACUUCAAUACAUCAGCCAAGGCUAUACAAACCAGCUCAGCUAUCGCAAGCCAUCUGGAGAAUUUUCAAUUUUUCAUAGCUCACCAGGCAGCACUUGGUUAACAGCGUAUGUAGUGAAGAUGUUCAGUAAGGCGAGUAAUCUGGUCACUAUAGACCCGGAUGUGAUCUGUAACGCCGUCCGCUGGCUGAUCCUCAGCGCACAGUUGCCUGAUGGGGUUUUUCAGGAGCUUCAUGCUGUUUCCUCCAGCGCUAUGGGGGGCAAAUCUACACAGCUCUCAAUGACGGCUUUCGUACUCCUCGCUCUACAGGAGUCCAGCCAAAUCUGCGCUGAGAAAGUCAACAGUCUGCAGUCGAGCAUGAACAAGGCUUUAGGAUUCAUCGAGCGCAACAUCGGCACACAAACCGACCCGUACGCCGUUACCAUGGCGUCCUACGCUCUAGCUAACGCUAACAAACUGAAGUCUGAACUGUUGUUCAGAUAUGCCUCUCCAGAUGCCUCUCAUUGGCCGGUCAGGGAAGGUCAUCACUUUACCCUGGAGGCCACAGGUUACGCUCUGCUGACCCUCCUGAAGAUCGAGGAUCUGAAAAAGGCCGCUCCGGUCAUGAAGUGGCUGAAGAGUGAACAGAAAUAUGAAGGUGGAUAUCGGUCCACUCAGGCUACAGCCGUGGUGUUCGACGCCAUGUCAAAAUACAUGACAAUCAGACCAUCACCCACAGGAGGCAUGAACGUCUCCGUCACCUCCACCGCCAGGAGAACCAGCUUCUCCACCACCUUCAGCAAAUUCAGCAAAGGCAUCCAGCGCUCGGACAGGUUUCAGGCUAAUGGUGAUUUAACCGUGACGGCUGGAGGAGACGGAGAAGGCUCCAUAUCAGUCAUCACGUGGUUUUACGCCAUGCCGAACGAAAACUCGACCAAGUGCAAUAACUUCGAUCUGAAUGUGGAAUUUGUCAGAAGCCGGAACGCUGAGGCCAUGGGUGCUCUGGCGACGUAUACACUUUCAGUGGAAACCAAGUUUCUGAACACAGAGCGAGACAGCACCAUGACCAUACUGGACAUCGGCAUUCUGACCGGCUUCACAGUGGAUACCAACGAUCUGAAAGAGCUGAUGAGAUCAGACAAGUACAUCCACAGAUUCGAGAUGGAUAAACAGCUUUCAAAGAGAGGAUCCCUCAUCAUCUACCUGAAGAAGGUCUCAAAUAAAUAUCCUGAGAAAAUCGUUUUUAAGAUGCACAAGAUGUUAGAUGUUGGGCUUCCUCAGCCAGUGGGAGUCACAGUAUAUGAAUACUACGCUAAUGAAAACAGCUGUGUGAAGUUUUAUGACACUGAGCGGACGAGUGGAACUCUGUACACCAUCUGCCCUGCAGAGGUCUGCAGCUGUGCAGAAGCGAACUGCGCUCAGCUAAAAGAGCCUGAAGUGCCGGAAGAUUUGACGCGGAAAGAAGAUGCCUGUAAGCAGCGGGAUUUCGUUUAUAAGGUGAAGCUGAAUGAUGUUGUGCUGGACGGCUCCAUACGCACCUACACCUUCACCAUAUUACAGGUCCUUAAAGAGGGAACUGAUAGGGUUAAGCAGGAUGACGAGAGGGAAUUUUUAUCUCAUAGUAAGUGUGAGAAAUAUCUGAAUCUGAAGGUGGGGCUGGACUACCUGAUCAUGGGACCCGAGCCACAGAGAGUCAGCCAAGGUUAUCGAUACGUUCUCAGAGCCGAGAACUGGGUGGAGUACUGGCCCACCUCGGAAGAAGGCCAGGAGAGCAAAUACGAGGCCAGAUUCCUCGGGCUGGGAGCACUAGAACAUUAUUUAGAUAACUUUGGAUGUACAACUUAAACUGAACUUUCUGCAGCAUGCAUCAGUGAUAUAUUGCCCCAGAUAUAAUUGCAAUAAACACAUUUAUGCUACUGAUAUAAUGAUGAUACAAUCACUUUUUAAUGCACUCACAUGCUACCUUAAUAGAGCAGUGAUCUUUUAAUUAUUAAAAUUAUAUGGACAAUUUUAUUUAGAAAAACAUUGUUUUUAAAGAAAUACGAUAGCCCAUUAAUAGGCACUCUUGGCUAAGGAAACACAAUGGGCAAUAUUGAGGUCAGCAAAAAUCAUUGAGGUCAUGUCUCUAUAUUAUUAAAUAAAUCGAUAACAUAAAAAUGAUCAUAAUAGCUAAUACUUUUGCAUAUACAGCUCUGGAAAACAUUACGAGAGCGCCUAAAAAUGAUCCCAUUCUCCGAUUUUACUAUUUAUAGGUUUACAGUACCAGUCAAAAGUUUUUAAUUCAGUGUUUUUCCAAUUAAAAACCUCUGGAGUGUAAUCAAGAGGAUGAUGGAUGAUCAAAAGCCAUCAAACCACCAAACUGAACUGCUUGAAUUUUUGUGCCAGGAGUAAAGCAGCAUAAAGUUAUGCAAAAGCAGUGUGUAAGACUGGUGGAGGAGAACAUGCCAGAAAAGUUUAUAGAAUAAAACAUAAAUGUUAAUUGUACUCAAACAUAUACAUAUAAAUAAUAAAAUCAGACAAAAAAACGUAUAUAUGUAAAGAAAGUUUCAUGAUAGACGAUAUAUUUUCAUGAUAUUUUCACAUGCAGACAAAAUGCAUGAUUCUUAAAAAGCAUUAAAUAAAUACUACAAUUAUAUAUACGCACAGACACGACCUCAUUUUCACAUCUAAAUCACGUGUUUGCUGUGCUUUUCCCUCCUAUUUUCAUUUUCUGUAUGUAACCAGUUUUGCUUUGUGCAUUUCUGAUGUCCAUGAGAUAAAAAAUUAUACAAAUUAAUAAAGCUAAAGCAUCAAA